CCCAGCUCGGGAGCCGCGCAUACGUGCUGGCGCCGUGACGGGGCUGUGUGCCGCUGGGGUCCGGCUGCUGCUGCUUCAGGCGAAGAUCCCCCAACAUGGCUGAGGUGGAAGAAACACUGAAGCGAAUUCAGAGCCAAAAGGGCGUCCAAGGAAUCAUUGUUGUUAAUUCGGAAGGUAUUCCUAUCAAAAGCACGGUGGACAACUCCACAACAGUGCAAUACGCAGGCCUAAUGCACAGCUUCAUCAUGAAGGCAAGGAGCACUGUGCGAGACAUUGAUCCCCAGAACGACCUGACGUUCCUGCGGAUCCGCUCCAAGAAAAAUGAGAUCAUGAUUGCUCCAGAUAAAGACUAUUUCCUGAUCGUCAUCCAGAAUCCAACAGAAUGAGAUUGUCCUAAAUUAGUCUGGUUUUCCCCCCACUACCGAAUAUUUUUAAUUUAAUAGCCAAAAACAAAGCAUUAGUGUUAAUUCUACUGUGCCACCUUAAUAAUGACCAGGAGGACAACCUUGUGCUCUUUUUUUUUUUGUUUACAAAGAAGUAAAAGUAUCUUUCUUUUGUAUCACUAAAAUGGCAUUCCGUGGAAGGGGUAUGAGGAUUGAAAUCAAGUGACUUUGGCAGUCAGAAAUGGACAGAUUUCUUUUAGUGUUCAAGAAGAUAACUUAAUAUAAUAGAAAUUCUAAUAGUGUGAUCUAAAAAAUGAAUCUUUGUGGUUUGCACACUCCUGUCAAUUCUGUCUGAAAUGUGGUUUUACCUUAUUGGUUUUGAAUGACUGUAAAUACGAAGCUUGAUUACUCACAACUUACCUUCUUGUCUUUUUUUUUUUUUUUUUUUUUUGCCGCUUUUAUGAUUUAUUUUGAAAAGGUUUUGCCUUAUCAAAUCAAUAAAAGUGUCUCAGUGAU